CUGCUGUGUUCUAAACUCUUCUCCCUUGCGAACGCAGACAAUGUCCCGGUAGCCGCACCUUCGUCUCUGAUCAAGCUCAGACUUCCACACCCUCACCAUGGCCUCCGCAAUCUUCUUUCUCGACCUCAAGGGCAAGACCCUUUUGGCGCGGAAUUAUAGGGGAGACAUCCCCAUGUCCGCAGUCGAGAAGUUCCCCAUCCUUCUCAGCGACGCGGAAGAAGAGAGCUCCGCCGUUCCACCAUGUUUCUCCAGCGAAGGCAUCAACUACCUCUACAUCCGACACAAUAACCUCUACCUUCUCGCCCUGACGAAACGCAACACGAACGCUGCCGAGAUCCUCUUAUUCCUCCACAAGAUAGUUGAAGUAUUCACUGAGUACUUUAAGGAGCUGGAAGAAGAGAGCAUACGCGACAACUUCGUCGUGAUCUACGAGUUACUGGAUGAGAUGAUGGAUUUCGGAUACCCACAAACCACCGAGAGCAAGAUAUUGCAGGAAUAUAUCACACAAGAGUCUCACAAACUGGAAAUUCAAGCACGACCUCCAAUCGCCGUCACAAACGCCGUCAGCUGGCGUAGCGAAGGCAUUCGAUACCGCAAGAACGAAGUAUUCCUCGACGUCAUCGAAUCGCUCAACCUCCUUGUGUCCGCAAAUGGCAACGUACUUCGCUCUGAGAUCCUGGGCGCAAUCAAGAUGAAAUGCUACCUUUCGGGAAUGCCUGAACUACGGCUCGGCCUAAACGACAAAGUCAUGUUCGAGACAACAGGACGAGCGACACGAGGCAAGGCGGUGGAGAUGGAGGAUGUCAAGUUCCACCAAUGUGUGCGGUUAUCACGAUUCGAAAACGAUAGGACUAUCAGCUUCAUUCCUCCAGACGGAGAGUUUGAGUUGAUGAGCUACCGAUUGAACACUCAGGUUAAGCCACUUAUUUGGGUAGAAUGCAUUGUCGAAAGCCAUUCAGGCAGCAGAAUCGAGUAUAUGCUCAAGGCAAAAGCUCAAUUCAAGCGACGGAGCACGGCGAACAAUGUGCAGAUAUCUAUUCCGGUUCCAGAUGACGCAGACACUCCUAGAUUCAGGACCAACAUCGGCACAGUGCACUAUGCACCAGAGACGUCGUCGAUAGUCUGGAAGAUCAAGCAGUUCGGAGGUGGUAAAGAAUUCCUCAUGCGGGCGGAGCUCGGUUUGCCAUCGGUACGAGGCGACGAUGAGAAAGGAGGUGGUAUGAUGGGUGGCUUCGGUGGUAGUAUGGGAGGCGUGGCUGGCGGGAAGGGCAAGCGGCCUAUCAGCGUCAAGUUUGAGAUUCCAUACUUCACAACUAGCGGGAUUCAAGUGCGAUACCUCAAAAUCAUUGAACCCAAGCUCCAAUAUCCUUCCCUUCCAUGGGUUCGGUACAUCACACAAUCCGGAGACAUAGCGGUCCGCCUUCCGGACGUGCAGUAAACACUCUUCAGAAGGGAGCAAGCUAUUCCAUGUUCAUAUAAAGAAUCAUUGGUCGGUACUACGUCUGGCUCCGUUGACUUGCAGAUUGCAUUGCAGGCGUCGAGGGUUUAAUAGCGUUAGGUUGCUUUGGACGAUCCGUAAAUGGAAAUGAAUUAUUGUCCACCACAUCUUACUCGAAAACAUCGCUCAUCUAACCGAUAUGUUUCGACAGAUUCG